GGGAAAAGGUGUGGUCCAAAAGAAUAAAUUUGGGAGUUGUCAUUGUUUAGGCAAUCAUUGAUGUUUUCUUUUACGCAUGAGUUUAUGCAAGGAGUACUUGUAAAGGCUUGAAAGUUAAAACCCUAGGAAUACUUCCAAAGGGUCGAGCAGAAGAAGAGGAUUCAGAGGAAGAGUAUUAGGGAUCUAAAGGGAAGAGGUGAAGCACAAGAAGGGAAGUCUUCCCUGUUCUGAUUUCCUUCUUUGCUGCCCCUUCUUCUGCUUUCUCCUUUCCUUAGGGCCUGGUACUGUUCUGUGUAUGGGGAAAUGGUGGUUUGCAGACAAAAGUCCCUGCCAUUCCAAAACUUAUUUUCUUGCUGGGGGAGACAUAAGAUGCAGAAAGAAGGCUGGGAGGAAGGGACCACUAGGCAGCUCUAGAAGAAAAGCCCUCACCUUGCUUCCAGGUGAUUCUGUGGGGCCAAGGUUGAGAAACAGCAUCGGAAAAGGUGGAAAGGAUUUGACAGUUGCAUUUGACUCAGCGGAGACUCCACCAAGGAAUAAUUGUGUGCAUUGUGAACCCUCACUCCUGUGCGCAACAAUGGAGUGGAUGCCGACGCUGGGGCCAGAGGGCAUCUCUGAACUCUCCCAUCUUGCAAAGCUGAAACUCCAUCCCGAUUCAGCCACAGCUCCUGCUCCCUGCUCCCGCCUGCCCCUGGCGGCCCCCAUUGGAAUUGCUGUCUUCGGGAAUCGACAGCUUUGGAUACCCCAUAGAUUACUAAUUUCUGAGUGAAUUGCCUGAGGCCUGGAGCCACGGCCCACCGCUGAGGACACCAGAGUGGUAUAAGAUGGACACCUGUUGUUGGAAAUAUCCGAUGACAUCCUGAGGGAUGGUGUUCUGAAGAUUUUCUCUCCUGGUGUAAACAGAGGACGGUAUGUAACUUCAAGCUCCUUCAGAAAGUCGUCUGCAACCGGAACGGAGCUCUCAUGCAGCCUUAUGAGAUCGGUUGCUUAGGAACCGUUGGCUAAUCCCUCAUUGAUUUAACCAAUAAAUGAGGGAUGAGGCGGCAGCAGCACCUGGAAUUUUAGUGUUAGCUCAUCAAACCCCGAGGCCCUAUAUUUUUUAGUGAGUCGCUCAGGUUGUGGCUGCGAAGCUGUGUUAAGACAGAAAUCUAUUUUCUAAGAAGCCUUCAAACCAAGUCCAGGCCACUUGUCUCUGUGCCAGAAUAUUCUCUGUGCACAAAGGAGAUUGCAACUACCGGAUUCUCAAGUGAAAACUAGUUUGGUGGUUAGACCUGAGGUACUUAAGAAUGAUAAGACUGGGGGAGGACAAGGGGAAAAUUCCGACAUCAGACCAAUAACAUGAACAAAGGAAGACAUAAGCAGAAGGGAAAAAGAAGAUGUAGCAACUGAUUUUUAUGGGACAAGACGAAACAAUUGGGAAUACAAGUUCAUGACGCAUUCUCUACAAUCCCAAAGUCCAAAAACUGAGGGUGUUUUUUUUCUUUCUUUCUUCCUCUCAUUUGGUGGAAAACCUGACCUAAAACGGUCUGAGGCAAAUUAAGAUCUUUCUUCAUUCUUCGUAGGGUUACUGUUCAGAGUCUUUGCCAUAGAACUGUUAAUGAGUUUAAUUAUGAGGUACUAUCCUAGCCCUGGGGCUGUGACAUAAAAUACGAUAUUUGCACUAUAUUACCUUCUCCCAAACUGAACAUUUCUGAAGCCUGAAACACAUUCGGCCUUGAAGGUUUUGAGUGAGAGGCUGUGGAUCUGUUCAGCAUACCCAAGAGGCAGAGAAAAACAUAGCUACCGAAAAUGACCAAAAAAGAGGAUCUCAGAUUGCUUUCAGCAUGUUAUUUUAUCUGCAUGGUUCUCUCCUUGGGAAAUGAAACAACCUAGUGAUAAUUAGAUGCACUCCUUUGCUUGUUUUCUGGAUGAAAAGGGUUCAGAGGCAUGUUAUUUUCCUGUGGCACGGAGAACCGAGCCGAAGUGUGGAACAAGGGGAAUGACAAAGGAAAUGGAGCUGAGCCCCGGGGUCCGUCAGUGUGUGGCCCCCAGGGACAAACUGGGGUCCCCUCCGCCCCGCUGCACAGGUGCAGUUUGCAGCGUAGGGCGCAGGCCUGGGUGUGAGCGUGCACACACGCACAUCUGGAGCUGACAGCUGGAGGCCAGGUGAGUCCUUCCUGUCCGGAUGAAAACAAAGUAGAGGGUAAGGAGGUGGAGGGUGGGAGAGAGAAGGGAAGACCAAUGACUUUCUGACUUCCGGUGAGACAAAAAAAUGACGAAGCCCAACAGAGCAAAAGGUAAGCGCCGAGUACGCACGCACCUGCUGGUUGCUGUUUAUGACCCCCGGCAAACACCUGAAGCCAACUUAGAGCAUCGCCCAACAGAGGCUCCACACACACAGUCAUCGGGCUUCAGCACAGUCUCUGCUGUCUACAUCAAUUUCAGAUGACAAACCAGCACAUCGCUUGUCGCAGGACCCAUGCUCAAGUUUCUAGCUAGGGAAAGGAAUGUC